AUGCCCUCAAUCAUCACUUCAUCUUGCCUUAACAUUCCCACCUCUUCAACUGUGCUCUUGAAAGCCAUUUCCCGUUUUUCUCUACACACUUUGAGCCCCCAAUCUUGGGCAGUGUUGUUUGCACGCACGUCGAUACUUGCGGUCCUCUACAAGGCGAUCACCAUCAGGCACCUUACUAUCUCCAAUUCAGAAGGGACACACUAUUACAGAAAAUACCAAAAGGGAUGCAAUGAUGUGCACCUCAACAUCAUCAAUGAUACUUUCUGGUUGAGGAUCUUACUAUCUGGUGAUCUCGGCUUCAGCGAAGCAUAUAUGAUUGGUGAUGUUCAGGUCUCUAGCCUCAAGGGAGCUAUGCACCUGUGGCUAGAGAACGAGUCUGGGAUGACUGACACACUCUCUUCAACCGUCGCAAAAGUAUCCUCAGCGAUGAGCAGGCUCUACAACAGCUUCCUCGGCCAGACACACUCUCAAGCUCGUCUUAAUGCAAUCGCCAGCUACGACCAAUCUAACGAAUUGUUCACGGCAUUCCUGAGCAAAGAGAUGAUGUACUCAUGCGCCCUGUGGAGCGAUGCAGAAGGCGGCCUUCAAGGGGAUCUUGAGGUGGGGCCAACACAUGGGGAUCUGGAAGCAGCUCAGCGACGAAAGAUCCACCACGUUCUUCACUCAGUGCACAUGAAACCAGGACACAGAAUUCUUGAAUUUGGCAGUGGAUGGGGAGGUCUUCAUCAGCAAAACCUGGUAACUCAGGCCGCACGUUCUUUCGGAUGUGAAGUUGAUACAUUGACACUAUCAAAAGAACAAGAAUCACUCACUGAAGAACGCAUCAAACAGGCUGGCCUGGAAGGCCGAAUCAGAGUCCACCUCCUUGAUUACUGUGAAAUUCCAGCCGAAUUUGAAAAGGCAUUUGACGCUUUUGUCAGUGUCGAAAUGCUUGAGCAUGUCGGAGCGAAACACUACAACACUUAUUUCAAACUGGUAGACUUUGCUCUGAAAUCCAAAGACGCUACGGUCGUCGUCACUUCCUCCACUUUCCCCAAGUCGAGGUUCUCCAGUUACCAAGCUGAAGACUUCAUGCACAAAUAUAUGUGGCCUAACUCUUGCCUGCCCAGCGCAACAGCCUUGAUCACUGCCACUCAGACUGGAUCACAAGGCCGUUUCAUGCUUGAGGGCGUCGAGAACCACGCAGCCCACUAUCCCCGGACGCUUCGAGAAUGGGGAAGGCGUUUGGAAGCGAACUUGAUGCAAGAGCUCAUUGUAAAAGACUACCCGGUUCUUCGAGACGUUCAAGAGUACGCGGCGUUCAAGCGGAAGUGGGAAUACCUUUUUGCGUAUGCUGGCGCUGGCUUCGCAAAGGGCUAUAUUACUUGCCAUAUGCUCACGUUUACUCGCCAAAAUGAUAUGCCAGUUCGCUGUGAUUGA